AUGCCACGCGGACGAUACAACGUUUUACGCAGGCAAGCCAGAAAAAUGGUGUAUAAUGUUUUGCAAUUUAUGAAAAAGGAGAGUGAAGACGGCGUCCAAAUUCCUCUGAAGCUCGUUCAAAAACGUGCCGCAGCAGCUACAGGCGUCUCACUAAGGACUGUACAAAGAAUAGCUGCAACAGCAAAUGAGUCGGAGAUGCUAGCCGUCUUUCGUACUCCUGGCAAAAAAAGGAAGGGAGUCAAGAGAGUGACGAAUAUUGACAGCUUCGACCAAGGUGUCAUCAAAAGGUGCGUGCACAACUUUCACGUGACUGAAAAAGAGUUGCCAACACUUAAACAAUUACAAAGAAAAUUAAAAGACGACAUAAAUUUCAACGGUUCUGUAACCAGCUUAGGCCGAAUAUUGAAACAAUUAGGGUUUCAAUGGAAGAACACCCAAAAUGAGAGAAAAGUAUUAAUAGAGCAGUCUAAUAUUCGUUUACAGCGCAUUGAAUAUCUGCAUAGUAUUACAAAAUAUCGCUCGGAAGGCAGACCCAUUAUAUAUACCGACGAGUCUUAUGUCGAUUCUUCCCACAGCAUGUCAAAGGCUUGGGGAGAUGGGUCACAAAUGGGAGUUAAAAAGAAAAUUUCGAAGGGUCAAAGAGUUGUAAUAGUGCACGCGGGUUCUGAAGUCGGUUUUGUACCCAACGCACUUUUAAUGUUUAAGGCGGGUACAAAAACCGGCGACUAUCAUGAUAACAUGAAUUAUGAAAAUUAUGAAAAAUGGAUCAAGAAUCAACUCGUUCCAAAUUUGCCAGCAAAUUCAGUCGUUGUUGUAGAUAAUGCUUCUUAUCACAACAAAUAA